CGUCCCCACCCCGCCAACAAUCCUACUUCCUGGACCACUCUGACUAGACAAGUCCAAGUCCGGUCCCAAGCCAGACUCUGAGGGCGGGGGUCCCGUCAAGCGUCUUCCAAUUCCCAAGCGCUUUGUUCCUACUAAGCGAAACCAGGCACUUUUUGAGUCACCCAAAAAGCGUGAUCACACAGCCGGGCAAUGAGAACGAGAAAGGAUAUUCUUCUUCUGCAUACUCCAGGAUUUUCCCUUUGUCCCGGCUCCAUGAACGCACUUCCCGUCCCCAUGCCCCAGCACUCGCACAAUUCCCUGUUCCAUUUUUAUUUUCCCUGCAGCCCUCGGCGGCGCCCUCGCCCCCGGCCCACGGCUCCCAGAACCGAGGUGUUCGGGCCGGCCCCCGCCGCUCACCUGCGUCAGGUCCUCCUCCUUGAGAAGAUAAGACUCGCGGUGCUUGAAGCAGUUCUGACACUUGCUCUUCUGGAAGAUAUUGGCCCGGAAUUUCCUGCACGGCUUCUCCUUGGCCGCCGACACAGUCGGCGCCGCGGCAGCUCAAGCCAGGCCGGCGCUGAGCUUCCGGCGGGUUUGGGGCUCAGCGCGGCCGCCGCCGCGUCCCUCGCCGACCCCGCCGCAGGCCCAGCCCAGCCUCCUCCCCGGCGGCUGGCUGCACGCGCCGAAGCUCCUGCGCCGUCCGGGUCUCACAGCGCGCACAACUCCCCGCGCCCGCCUGCACAGCCGCGCCCGGACGCCGCCGGCCCAUGGACGCGGCCUCGGGCCUGUUGCCUCCGGUCGCCUCUCAGGCGCGAUUCGCCGCAGGCCCAGCUCAUCCGCGUCGCAGCCGAAACCCUGGACGCCAAGCAGCAGCUGCAACUAGCAACGGAGCACCCCACGCACUGCACCGAGCGCGGGAGGAGACUGAGGAGCAGAGAAGUAAUAGCGGGUAGCGUUUCAAGGGAUGACUAAGAGAAGAUGUCCGCGGACUUGAAGAGCGUCAGCUCCAUUAUGGGAGAUUAGCCAAGGCUGACUCUCUGCCAGGUACUGAGCUAGGCAUUCUUUCCCCAGUGAUGUGCUUGAGGAAAUGAAGGGUCAGACACCUGGAGUAAUUUGUGCAGGAUCACUCUGCUAGGAAGGGGCUGAGCUGUCACUCCCGUCCUCCCCUGUCCAGCUUCCUGGCCAAACCUGGAGAAGGCUGUCAACGGCUCAGGCAGAAGGUUGCAGGAGCCCAGAGGCGGGGGAGAUGUGCUCUUUAGAAAACUUAGGUUGGCUUCAAGGAGGAGGGGACUUCAGGAUUCAGUACAGUAACGUACAUUACAGGUUUGUAUCCUAGGGGUCAUAGGCCAUACCAUAUAGCCUAGGUGUGCUGUAGGCUAUACCACCUAGGUUUGUGUAAAUGCUAUGAUGUUAGCACAAUGGCGAAAUCACCUAAAUCAUUAUUUACUAUAUAUGGAAUGCUUUUUUUUUAAGGAGCAAAAGUUUCCUUUCAGUGGGAACUA